AAGCAAUUCAAACUGGGGGCAAAAUUCAGACAAAGCAAUUCAAACUCGGGGCAAAAUUCGGGCAGAAAUCACGAGCGCUCGUGAAACAAGGCACACUGCAAUCUCCCCUUCACUUCCACCCUCUCAUCUGGUCCUCGCCAAAUCGCCGACCACCUCGCGCCCCCGCACGCCGCCGCCGUAGAUCUGGUGGAGUGGGUCCCGGGGGCUCCGGGCGCGCGGUUCUAGAAGCUUCUGCGGUGGCGCCGCCGGAGGAGGAGCCGGGGGAGCGAGAGGUGGCCGCGGGUCCGAGGUCCGUAAGCUGGGGUUAGGGCUCGGGCAAACCCUAGCAGCCGCCGCCGCCGCGGGAUGGCGUCGUACAGGCCGUACCCGCCGCCGCAGCAGCACCCGCCGCCCCCGCCACCGCAGGGCGGCUUCCCGCCGCAGAUGAACCCGUUCGCGCCGCCGCCGCAGCAGCAGGCGCCGUACGGCCGGAUGCCGGCGCCGCCUUACCACGCGGGUGCCCCGCCGCCGCCACCACCCGGCCCGCCGCCGCCGCACCAGCCGCAGUUCAAUUUCGGCCCCGGUCCCCCGCAGCAGCCCCCGCCCCCGCCGCAGAUGUACUACCAGCCCCCGCCGCCGCCCUAUGGCGGGACCAGCAACCCGCCGCCUCCUCCCCCUUCGGCGCCACCCCCGCCUCCGUCCCCUCCCCCUGCGGCCCCGCCCCCGCCACCUCCGCCUCCGGCCCAGCCGCCGCCUGCCCAGGCCCCGCCGCCCCCCAAGGAGCAGCAGCCUAAGGCCGCGCUGCCGAGGGCCGAGACGGAGGAGGAGCGACGUGCGCGGAAGAAGCGCGAGUUCGAGAAGCAGCGCGUGGAGGACCGGAAGCAGCAGCAGAUGAUGCGCCAGACGCAGGCCACCAUUCUGCAGAAGACGCAGCAGGCACGCACUUCACAGCAGCAGCCGUCGUCGCAGAGUCGCCACCACCACCACCACCCACCGGGUGGCUCUAGGGCAGCGGCAACUGGGUCUCGCCCAGCAUCAGCGCCUAAUGCCGAGAGGUUUGAGAAUCGGCUCAAAAAGCCAACAACAUUCCUGUGCAAGCACAAGUUUAGGAAUGAACUCCCAGAUCCAAGUGCCCAGCUGAAAUGGCUGCCCCUGAAUAAGGAUAAGGACCGAUAUACCAAAUACAGGAUAACUUCAUUGGAGAAAAAUUACAUGCCUAAAAUGAUUGUCCCAGAGGAUCUUGGGAUACCUCUCGACCUACUUGACAUGAGUGUAUACAACCCCCCUGCUGUUCAGCCACCCAUAGCUCCUGAAGACGAAGAGCUGCUGAGAGAUGAUGAGGUUCUCACCCCUAUUAAACAAGAAGGUAUAAGGAAAAAGGAGAGGCCCACUGACAAAGGUGUUUCUUGGCUGGUCAAAACACAAUAUAUAUCUCCACUGAGUACUGAUGCAGCCAAAACGUCCCUUACUGAGAAGCAAGCGAAGGAAAGGCGAGAAUCAAGGAUGGGUCGUAAUGCUUUCCUGGACAGUCUUAAUGAUAGAGAGAAACAGAUCAAAGCCAUCGAAGAAUCCUUCAGAGCAGCCAAAUCACGGCCUGUUCACCAGACUAAACGUGGGAUGCAAGCUGAGUGGGUUAUGCCUCUGCUACCUGAUUUUGAUAGGUACGAUGAUCCAUUUGUCAUGGUGAAUUUUGAUGGAGACCCAACUGCUGAUUCUGAGCAGUACAACAAGCUUGAAAGACCCGUACGUGAUGAAUGUGAAGCCCGGGCUGUGAUGAAAAGUUUUAGUGUCAAUGGUUCAGACCCUACAAAACAAGAGAAGUUUUUGGCAUACAUGGCCCCAGCACCACAUGAGGUUGCUAGAGACUUGGAUGAUGAAGAUGAUAUUCAGUAUUCUUGGCUAAGAGAAUAUCACUGGGAAGUAAGAGGAGAUGAUAAAGAUGAUCCUACAACAUACCUUGUCACAUUUGAUGAGGAGGAGGGUGCAAAAUAUUUGCCCCUUCCUACUAAGCUAGUUUUGCAGAAGAAGAAAGCUAAGGAGGGGAGGUCUGGGGAUGAAAUUGAGCAUUUUCCAGUGCCUUCCCGAAUUACCGUGAGCAGAACAGCUCAUGGUGGUACCAUGGAGCGUGGAGAAUCUUCUGGCAUGCAUGAGAAUUUAAAGCGCCGACGAUCUCCUGUUGAUGAUGAUCUUGAUGAGCACCAAAAGCAUUCUCGGGGAGAUGUUGACCAAUAUAGUGGAGAAGAAUAUUCUGAUUGAUGAUCUAAUAAACCAUAAUUAUCUUGCACCAACAAAUUUGAUCAGCACAGAUGAAGCUCUAUAGAUCUCAUGCAUAUACUGUGGGGCCUUCAUAAGUGGGUUUUAUGGUGCAUGGGCAUGUAAUGAGACAUGCCUGACAGCGUGAAGGCAUUCGGGCUUGGACGGUUUUUGAAGGGCAGAGUAUGUGAAGCAAAGCUGAGUGUAGCCGGACUUCGGGACUUCGAUUCUGUAGUGAUGGUAGAAAGUGAGAUAUCAUUGUAAAGAAGUCGGGUCUUAAACUCUUGGAGUGAUUCUCAACUCUUUGUUUUGAUAAUAUAGACUUCCCAUUUUGCACA